AUGCCCACCAACCUCCCCAUCGAGCUCGUCCGCCAGAUCCUCGUCGCCCUUGGUCCCUGCUCUCUCAAUCCCGACGACCGCCAAGAUGCGACUCGAAGGACGCUGUACUGCUGCUGUCUGGCGUCGAAGGCGCUCAAAGCAGUCGCACAGCCUCUUUUGUACCAGGCGGUUGUCUUGCGAAGGCAUACCACCGUCUACAAGUUCUCCUCAGCGCUUCACGCGAACCCGGAACUCCCGCUGCUCGUCCAGACCUACAAGAUGCCUUCUUCCGAGAUGUGGAUCGAACAGAGCGGCUACGAUACGGUGCGCAAGGUCGUGAGGAGCCUGGUCGAGCUGCGCAGGCUGUGGAUGUCUGGCGCACACUCCGCUCAUAGAUAUCCGAGUACUCGCUGGGCAGACUUUGCGGUGCUCUCCAACCUCAGCUCGUUGACCAUGACGGCCGUCCGCCUCUCUUGCUCGCCGCCUCAACCCUUUCGCAACCUCGUCCAACUCGCCUUCGUGGGCAUCUACGUCUCGAAGCAAGACAUAAAGGCCGUCUUGGAGCCGGACGUUACACCUAACCUUCGUGCGGUGCAUCUCGGCGCGCUGUACGAUCCCGAGGCAUACUUUAACGAGACCUUCCUCCCGAUCUUUGCCUCGUCCUCCCUCAAUCGGCUCGACAUGCUGCAACUCAGUCCCGACUCGAACCUCCCACGCCUGCCAUACAUGUUCAAGCCCGACUUCCAGCUCAGAGACCUCGCCGUCCAAUUCUACACAACUGGCGAUCUUCCACCCCUGGACACACGCGCCUUACAGCACAUCCUCUUGCUGUGGUCCUCGACGAUUCCGUAUCGUCAGAACAUCAAGCCGUACCGCGCCCUCACCAACCUUCUGCGUGGCUUGCAGGCCGGUGAAACGGCCAUCAGCCGGCACCUUCGCUCGAUCUCGCUGCCGCUGCCGCUGCGACUGGGUCCUGGCGACGACGAGAUGGAGGGAGGUGAGGUGGUCGCGGUGCAAGCGAAGGAGGAGCCGUCCCACGAACGGCCGGACCUCGCACAGGAGCCGGAACCUGUAGCCGACGACGGCGACGAGGCAUGGGAGGACGAGGACGAGGACGAGGACGACGAGGAGGAGGCGAACUACAGCGGCUCGGGCGAAGAGACGGAGGAGGAGGUGCGUUACACCGCCGAUCCGGACGAAGUGGGCCUCACCGGUCGCGAGAACUGGCUGCGUCCGCAUCGCUCCUACGAACGGUCCACGUACCGCCCGUCGCCUCGUACGCGACGUCGAGUCCGCCAGGUCCUCGACUUUGCCGCCGCCCACAAGAUCGACGUCGUCUGGCACAACUGGAAUCCAAAAGCGUCCGACUCGAUGGUGUGCGAGGACUUUUGGCAGUACGUGCGGGAGAAGAAGGCGGGAACGUGGCGAGGGUAG